GGUAGGAAACUUCCUAGAAAUACGACAAGAAAAGCCAGCUUUUACUUCCCAACAAGGCGACAAAACGUGAACCAUUGCCCGCUUCCUCCGCUCACCGACGAACUCUCUCCUUUCCUUCCUAUCCACCUCCUUCUACACCAGAAUGAAGAACAGGUCUAGCUGAGACUGAACUCGUAGGUCUACGGCGUAAAGAUAUCCACUUCGUAUAACUAUGAACUGCUUUUGUUGGAUGCUACAGAAAAUCCAUAAAUUGUAGAAUCUAUGGGUGGUGGAUCUUCAAAACGCUCAGUUUCACGACAAACUUCAUCGGUAGGGUCUGCUUCAUAUACAUGGAAUCAUCACAGCUAUCAGCAGCCAUAUGGUCAACCAAGUCAAGGUUAUGGACAACCCCAGCAUUAUGCACCUUUCCCUCAAGGCUAUGGUGGUCAGGCUCCAGAUAUGAGAAGGAGGCUGGAGAGGAAGUAUUCUAAAAUAGAUGAUAACUAUACUAGCCUGGAGCAGGUUACUGAUGCUCUGGCACGUGCUGGCCUUGAGUCUUCUAAUCUGAUCGUUGGUAUUGAUUUCACAAAGAGCAAUGAAUGGACAGGCACAAGGUCAUUCAACAGAAAAUGCCUACAUCACAUUGGAGAUGAUCAAAAUCCCUAUGAACAGGCAAUAUCCAUUAUUGGAAAAACAUUGUCGUCCUUUGAUGAAGAUAACCUAAUUCCUUGCUUUGGAUUUGGAGAUGCAUCAACUCAUGACCAAGAAGUGUUCAGUUUUUAUCCAGAUGAGAGGUUUUGUAAUGGGUUUGAAGAGAUUUUGAGACGAUAUAGAGAAUUAGUUCCUCAACUACGGCUUGCUGGGCCAACAUCAUUUGCUCCUAUCAUCGAAAUGGCCAUUACGAUUGUUGAGCAAAGUCGUGGCCAGUACCAUGUGUUACUGAUUAUAGCAGAUGGGCAGGUGACAAGGAGUGUUGAUACUGAACGUGGCCAACUAAGCCCACAGGAAAAAAACACUGUUGAAGCAAUUGUAAAAGCUAGUCAGUACCCCUUGUCUAUAAUCUUAGUUGGGGUCGGAGAUGGGCCAUGGGACAUGAUGAAGGAAUUUGAUGAUAACAUCCCUGCUCGAGCAUUUGAUAAUUUUCAGUUUGUAAAUUUUUCAGAAAUUAUGUCAAAGAAUAUAGACAGGUCUAGAAAAGAAGCCGAGUUUGCUCUUGCAGCACUAAUGGAAAUACCUUCACAAUAUAAAGCAACACUAGAGCUGGGUAUUUUGGGUGCUUGUAGAGGGAAGGCUAUUGACAGAGUUCCUCUUCCCCCUCCAUGCUACACUACAUCUUCUUUCACCUCUUCUAAAUCUUCUCAUAUGAGUAGUUUUAGUCCUAGUGCCCCUUCUGGUAGACGUGAGAGAGUCGUCAGCACCGCACCGCCUGCAAGUUCUGCUUCUGACAAUCAUGUAUGUCCUAUUUGCCUUACCAGUCCAAAGGACAUGGCUUUCGGGUGUGGGCAUCAGACUUGUUGUGACUGUGGACAAGAUCUUCAGUUAUGCCCUAUUUGCCGAAGCCCCAUUGGCACUAGAAUAAAGCUCUAUUAAAUGGCACUUUCUUCUGUGAAACUGCUAAUAGAACUUGAACUUCCUACAAGCCUCUUUCCGAGCAUGGUUUGGUAAUGACUACAUGCAGUUUCAGAUAGGGAUACUCCUUAAAGUCUGUACAUAUCUCCUGUUUCUGAUUGUUCAUGCAGAAGUUCCAUUAUAUUUAGUGUCAAUUUUCUGUUUUAUAUGGUUUACUGCGGUCAUUUUUCUCUGCUCCCAAAUGAAAAGGAAACAUACUCGCUAUUGGCUCUGGAAAAUGGCAUAGAUCAUAAGUGGCCUGGAUUUGUAGCUUUCAAAUGACAUUGUUGGACAUACUCACACCAGAAGCUGGCAAUGUUAUUUGAAUAUGUACAUAACGUGAGAUGAAAUGAGUUUCUGUUAUCCUCCUCAAAGUGAUGCCUGUUACUCGUGUACUCUUCUCGUGGAAUGUUAAAUGUAUUAUCAAGGCCUGAUCCUUUAUGAACAUAACUAAUUCCUUUUGA